AUAAUAGCAUUUGAAACCGGUUUUGUUCCACCAAAUAUCAAUUAUACAUCACCACAAAAUAUAGAUGCCAUAAUAAAUGGAACUGUUCGUGUCAUCGAAGAACCGAUGCCACUUAAAAACGGUUAUAUAGGUAUCAAUUCUUUCGGUUUCGGGGGAGCUAAUGCUCACAUGUUAUUAAAGUGGAACCUCAAACAAAAAGUUAACAAUGGAAUACCGAGUAAUGACUUGCCAAGACUUGUAAUAUUAUCUGGGAGCACUGAAGAAUCAGUGAAGUUAUUCUUAAACGAUGUCGCUAAUCGUCCGAUAAAUAUAGAAUAUAUCCGUUUAAUACACGACGUCUAUGGGGACAGCAUAGAUGGUCACUUAUGGAGAGGAUUCACUAUACUGAAUAUUUUGCAACAAGAUUCAAUAAGAGAAAUUCAAAAUUGCAAGAAUGCGAAAAGACCUGUUUGGUUUAUAUUUUCUGCUUUAGGCUCGCAAUGGCCAGGAAUGGGUCGAAAUUUAUUAAAAUUUCACGUCUUUGCAAAUGCGAUAAGAGUGUGCGACGUUACUUUAAAACCAUAUGGUAUAGGUGUCGCGGAUAUUUUGACAAAAGCAGAUGAAAAAGUGUGCGAAGACGCGUUACACGCGUUUGUUGGCAUUGUUGCUAUUCAGAUUGGUUUAGUAGAUCUCUUAACAUCAUUAGGAAUUAUUCCGGAUUACAUGAUUAGCCAUUCUGCUGGUGAACUUGGUUGCGCGUACGCCGAUGGAUGUCUCACUAUCGAACAAACUAUUUUAUCAGCAUAUUUUAUUGGUUUGGCGUGUGCCGAAGGAAAAAUAAUUCGUAGCUCUAUGGCAAUUGUCAGUCUUGAUUACGAGUGUCUCAAAAACAUGUGUCCAGUGGAUAUUGAAAUAAUAUGUCGCAAUAGCGAGAAUAGCAGCGUUGUGAGUGGACCCACAGACUCCGUGCGAGAAUUUAUGAAAAUCUUGCAGAUCAAUAAUAUUCACGUGAAAGAGGUACACUGCAAUGUACCGUAUCACACUUCUUAUCUCGCAUCUGUGGAAAUUCAACUUUUGCUUAAUUUAAACAAAGUAAUAUCACGGCCGACGAAACGGAGUCCAAAAUGGAUCAGCACUUCCAUACCUCGCACCGAAUGGUUCACCUCAGCAUCAAAAUUAUCAUCGGCGGACUAUCAUACACAUAGUAUAUUAAAUACCGUUCUUUUUGAACAAACAACGCAUCUAAUUUCAAAUAACGCAGUGACCAUCGAAAUUGCGCCAGAUAGCGUUCUGCAGCACGUUCUGAAAGAAUCCUUGUGUUCGGAAGUAAUGAACGUUGUAUUGACUCGACGCACUGAACAAAAUAUUGACGCAAUUUUACAAGGAAUUGGAAGGCUGUAUAACUGUGGCUUACAGCCGAAAGUUGCUAAUUUAUACCCGCCAGUGGAAUAUCCUGUUAGUCGAGGAACUCCUAUGAUUUCCCCAUCGAUCAGAUGGGAUCACUCCAAAGAUUGGUAUAUACCGUGUUUUGAAACACAAAUGUCCAUAAAAUCUCGAGAAAGAUAUGUCGAAAUCUCACUCGAUGAUGAGGACUACUAUUAUAUGCAUGGUCAUAUAAUCGAUGGAAGAAAUUUGCUACCCGCGACGAGUUAUCUUGUACUCGUUUGGCAAACUUUCGGUAUGAUGAAAGGGAUAACAUACACAACAAUACCGAUAAUAUUUCGAGAUGUAAACUUUAUUCGCGCUACUCACUUGACGAAAAGUAAUGCUGUAAAAGUGAUGAUUUCGAUACAGAAAGAUGGGAAGUUUGAAAUAACCGAAAGAGAUAGCGUUCUUGUGACAGGUACAGUGCACGAGAUAUCGAAUCCAGAACAGGAAAUGAUUCGGACAGAUCUAUUACCGGAGAUUAACGAUGAAGAAGAAUAUAUGACUGCUCGAGAUAUCUAUAAGGAGUUGAAACUGCGUGGUUACCAGUACAACGGUUGGUUUCGCGGAUUACAUAGCGCAUCUAUUUCAGGCAAUAAAGGACAUAUUGUUUGGAAAACAAAUUGGGUAACGUUUAUGGAUACUAUGCUACAGAUGUUUAUUAUUGGGUAUGAUACCAGAGACUUAUGUGUUACGACGAGUAUUCAGAAGUUGGUGAUCAAUCCUAAGCUUCAUGCAUCGAUGCUACGAAACAGCGUGGCUGGUGUGGAAGAUACGACAUGCAAGGAUAAAACAUUACCGAUACGAAUAUACAGAGAACUAGACACGAUUAUAGCUGGCGGAAUAGAGAUUCGAGGCAUUAAAACCACUCAGAUCUCUCGCCGAAGAUUGGGUCAGGAUGUUGUUAUCGAAGAACACGUAUUUGUAGCUCAUCAUGAUCGCGCUAAGAUUUCUUUGAACGAAGCGAUUCGAAUAUCGGCGCAACUCGCCCUGGAAGAUCAUCAAAUCAUCAAAGUGAAAACCAUCGAGCUAGUGGAAGAUGUCGACGAUGUCGCACCAGAAUAUCUUUCUUCUUCGUUGCUGCUUGAGGCUUUUGGUGAUGAGCCAUUGAUACAAACAAACAUCAUUGUAUUAACAUCGCCAAAUCGUUAUAGUCCAGAAGAUCUAUCGCAGAACAUUUCAAUUAGAGAUUUAAACAAACCAUCUGUAGAUGACAAAGCCUUAAUAGUUGCCGGAUUCAACAUUUUGACCAAGCAACCAGCCUCGUUAGAACGACUUUUGUCAUUUCUGAGAGAAGGUGGUUAUCUGUUGUCACGUGAGAAAUGCGACGUAGUUAAUUACACCAAAUAUUUACAGCAAUACGAAUUAAAUGUUAUUCUUGAAAAGCGCACCGACAAAGAAAUGAUUGUGCUUUUAAAAAAGAAAAUUUGGAUAGAAAAGAGAAUUGUUGUCUACAUAAAUAAUGAUAAUUUUAAUUGGCUGGAGGAUAUAAAGCUGCUUGUGAGCGAUGAAAAUAAACUCGAGAAAAAGAGCAGGAUUAUAAUUGUUGGAGAGAGAGAUUUUGAGAGCGGUUUAUUAGGUUUUGUUAACUGUUUGAGAAAAGAGCCAGGCGGAGAGUUUGUUAGGGGUGUGCUUAUUCAAGAUGAGAAAGUCCCUAAGUUUUCUCUACAGGAUCCCUUCUAUAUACAUCAAUUGCAAAAAGAUAUGUUCAUUAAUGUAUUGCGAUCUAAUGAGACCUGGGGAUCAUACAGACAUCUGCGAUUACCACGACCGGAAGCCGAACCCGUACCUACCGCUCAUGUAUGCCAAACGGUCCGUGGUAAUCUAGAUACAUUUUGUUGGAUAGAGAACAGUCUAUCUGUCGAAGCCCAUCGUGAGGAUUUGGUGCGUGUGGUUUAUUCAUCGCUCAAUUUCAAAGAUGUAAUGCUUGCGACUGGUAAAUUAGUAUCUGAUCAAGCGAUCUCGCGAGGACGGAUUCAAUGUACUCCCCUUGGGUUUGAAUACGUAGGAUUUGAUGCCAAUGGGCAACGUGUAAUGGGAAUCCGUGAUACUGAUUGUAUUGCAAACGCCGUUGUGAAAGAUAAAGAUUUCUGCUGGAAGAUACCCGAUGUGUGGACAUUUGAAGCGGCGGCGACGGUCCCGUGCGUUUACAGCACGGUUUACUUAGCCUUAUAUAUACAUGGGAAAAUGAAAAAAGGCAAUAAGAUACUUAUACACUCUGGUACUGGCGGGAUUGGACAAGCAGCUAUUCACCUC